GAAAAAUCUGUAGCUAUAUUGUGCUGUACAGUGUCGUGUCUUUCUAUUGGAAGCAAAUUCAUGCUACGGACUAGCGGGCAACGCCUCGGCCACCGUCAUCCACCGUCUAGAAGAGCCGUCUGUUUUGUGGUGCUCCUCGAGCUUCUAAUUGUCCAUCCAAAUUGGAUCGUCUCUGAUGCUCGCAGACACUCCGUGACAAUCUGGCAGUCCCUUUAAAUCUGCCGUCACCUCGUAUCAGCUACUUUAUUCAUAUCGGAUACAUUUUUGCGACCGACGAGUGAGCCUGCGCCAUCGUCAGACAGCACAACGGUUCACGGAGCUCGCAAUCACGAAAAGAAGUUCAACAGCGAAAGGUUUUCCUCGCCAUUUCUGAGCAAAAACAACUACAACCGCCAAAAAGUGUGUGCUGGAUAAAAAAGAAACUGCGUCGCACGCAAAGCAUCCACAACCGAGGAACAACCGUUAGAGCGAGUUCAGCCGCACUCGGAAGCGGCAGAAACGAAGACGACGUAAAGCCGCAACAGCAACAUAUCCAUAGUUUAAAAGGACGCAAGCGAAAACCCACCAAAUUGCUUCAAAAUGAUUCCUAGUAAAACGAACUGAUACACGGCUGCUUGCAGCUCGUUGGGCGCGUGUGUGUUGUGUGUGUUGAGAAAAUUGGUGCAAAAGCCAUCGCGGAAAGGGGAGAAGUAGGCGGCGUGGAGUGUUUUGGGUUGUGUUUUGUUUUGGUUAUUCGUACCGUGGAUUUUUUUCUGUUUUCGUUCGGUCUUGAGUUUUGCCGAUAGAUUCGCGGUCGAAUUCCGGUUCGUUCCAGUUUCACCGGGUGAACGUCGCUUUCUAACGCGCUCAUCGCCACCCAAGAGCGUCGGUUCAAGGGAAAGGGGAAGAGAAACCACGACCCAACGAGGCAAACCAAACAACCCGGCACUCGAUACAUGGCUAGUUCUAUGAACAGCAAGAAUCGCAUUCGUCGUCGACUGGCUGCGAUCUCGUUUCUGUCCAACAUCUCGCUGGACGGCACACACCGCGACACGAAGCUUGGCCCGCUGCACGGAGCAGGCGGAGGAGCGGCAUCGUCACUGAACGGACGGGCAACUGGCGGAGGCAGCCAUACCAGCGCUGCCCUGGUACUGAACAACAAUGAGGAUGAGCACGGCGACGGCGCGGCUCAGUACGGGGAGUCGGGAGAGGACGGCCUGGACGGGCCCGGGAUACGGGCCGCGGGGGUCCGCAAUGGCGAUGGCUGGCAGGCGGGGCCAAACGGCGAUGCUGCGGCCGGCCUGAGCGGUGGUGCCGGGGUACCACUGGACGGGACGCAACCACACGGGCGGGCCCGGGCCAGAACCGGAACAUUCAGCAAGAGCCCCGAGCGCUAUGCCGGGAAGCGCAUCGACAGCGAGGGCAACAUGUUGCCACCGGGUGGUGCCAACGGCUCGGCCAAGGGCACACCACUGAAGGAUCGUGAAAACUGGAAUCCAAACGAUGGACGAAUGGUGCACACGGCAGACAAGCGCCUGCGGGCGAACUCCGUGACGCAGCGUCCGACCGGGGCCAAGCGAUCGCUGCUGAUGAACACCAGUGCCGGCGCGAUCGUGGGCGGCAGCAGCAACGGCGGAUCCGGGUCGGGCGAUGGCCGCUCGGAUAGUGCUGGGUGGCACGGGACAGCAAACAGCAGCACCGAGAGCCUGGCGGCGGGUCGGGUCGCCCGCGGUGUCUACAUUAACGAGCACGGCGUCGCCAUGGCCGGUGGGCAGCGCGAGGUACGCUUCUACAGUGGCAGCAGCAUGGACGGGAAGAGCGGUCGACCGGCGAACGGUUUCCAGGAGGAUCGAAUCGUGCUCCUGUCGAAGAAGGCCCCUUGCCACAUUUUCUCCGUGCUGCCGUACUGCAAGGGAAAGGCAUCGCGGGCGGAUAUGCGCCGCGAACGUCGCCGCCAUCCGUCCGGGGCGCGACCCCUUUCCUCGAUCAAUGACGCACCGUUCGACGCGUUUCGGCUGCUGGGGAUCGAGCGUGGAGGCGAGGCCGGCCAGGAGGUAUCGUACGGGUAUCUGCUGAUCCCGUCGCGCAGCUACCACAAGGAGAAGAAGCACGCAAACACCGAGACGAAGGCCAUCAAGAGUGCGUUCGAGAUCCCGAACUUUGCCUCGCUGGAAAACCAUGCCGCCGCGCGCUACUAUGACACGCUUAAUCGCAACAGUGCGGCCAGUCCGGGUGGUGGAGGUGGUGCUGGUGGUGCGGGAGCAAGUGGUGCCGGAGCAGCUGGCGCAGGGAUUGGUGUCAGUGUGGGCAGUGGACCUCCAUCGGCAUUGCUCGACAUGUCCAAGGAGUACGAAGAUGGAUACACUUCCAUUUCCGGGAUACAAUACUCGGCCAACAUCCUGGACGAUCCGGAGCUGAUCGCGGGUAAACAUCGGACGCUGCUGACAUUCACGUCCUACGUGACCUCGGUCAUCGACUACGUGCGUCCGUCGGAGCUGAAGAAGGAGCUGAACGAUCAGUUCCGUGAGCGAUUCCCGCAGAUUCAGCUAACGCUAAGCAAACUCCGCAGCAUCAAGCGCGAGAUGAAGCGCAUCAACAAGUUGGAUGGCCGGAUCGAUUUCCUCACCAUCUCGCAGGCGUACGUGUACUUCGAGAAGCUGAUUCUGUCGAAGCUGGUCAACAAGGAGAAUCGCAAGCUGUGCGCCGGCGCUUGUCUUCUGCUGAGCGCCAAAUUGAACGACAUCAAGGGCGAGGCGCUCAAGAGUUUGAUCGAGAAAACGGAAAGCGUUUUCCGCCUGAACCGCAAGGAGCUUAUCGCGUCCGAGUUUGCCGUGCUGGUGGCGCUCGAAUUUAGCCUGCACGUGUCGACCAGCGAAAUCCAUCCGCACUACCAGCGCCUCAUCUACGAAUCCUAACUAAAGGCGACCGGUGGUGCCGGUGGGAGCAGAUGGCGCAGACGAACCGGUAGCAGCAAUCCAACGCGCGGCGAAUCGUGGCAUGGUGGCGGAUGGCGAAAGUAGUCGACGAAAUCGAGAAGCAAAACCACGCCAUCCUGGGUGUCGUGGGGAAUGGUUCGCUCGAGAAUGGCAUUUAAUUUGCAAAGUUAAAAGUUUAUAAUGCUAAAGGGACGUUUAUUUUGUGAAGUGGAAAUGUACUUGCGCCAGACGGUGCUUGUAAACGUAACUGUCGGUGUGCGAUCGAGACUACAUUCAUCAGGAAGAGAAAAGUAGACUAGACUAAUGAAGGAAAAAAAACAGUUUAUAACUAGAAUAUCAAGUCGUUUACCACCCUUUUUACCACAGUAAUAGGAACAAGCUUAACACAGUAAAGAAGAAACUUAUGUACAUUACCAGCAACCUUCCUCGCAGUGGGAAGGAGUCACAUUUACAACCGUUGUAAGAAAACGCUACCGGGACGGUUCAGGGACUAGCACUGACUGGGAAGCACUCACUGUACUUACAGGCACGUUUAUCGAUGUACUCAUCUCCGGUUCCUUCCGGACGUUUGCUGUGAACUCUUUUACCUCUUUUUUUGUUUUAAUUUUGUGAACCCGAUUGAGUUGAUUCGUUUUGAACGUUUUAUUUCGUUAUGAACACCCCCAUCCAAAAGAACGACCUUUAAAAGGACUCGCUAAGUUUUUCAUCCUUUGUUGCCAAUAAGCCAGCGCUACCUUCCUCGGCUGCGAGUCGGAAAAUAAAUCAGUUUAUAAAACUGCUAUUACUAUAUUAUACUCGCUCAAGUACUUCAUGGGGUGGUUGAAGAG